CCCUCUUGCGACAUGCCUACAGUGCGGUUAUGCCUCUAAGUCGUGCUCCGACACGUGGGAGAUAUAGCCGCAUCGUGGGUGUUACAUUUCACCUUUGACUUUUGCUUUUGUCAAUGAAUCUAUUUCCUUGCUCUCUUAACUGUGAUGUCACUUUUACAGGAGGUUUCUCGUUCUUCUGGUGAUUCUUCACAAACUCAACUUCUGGCUUUCAAGACUGCCCCUGGCGGUCAAGCAAAGCCCAAGAAAGCCAGGGUGACUAAGCCGGCGGAAGACCCAAAAACCGCUGAACCGACAAUACCAACUCCUGCUCCUGAACAAUCCGAAGCACCAGAAGACCCUGCUGUCAACGUUCAAUCAGACCUUCCUGAGCCGUCAGUUAAUAAGACCAUUCUCAAUCCAUCUACCGUUGGGCCGUCCAGCUCAGCUAACCCGCCGGUGACUUCUGACAACAACAUUCUAAUCACUAGUAGUAGAUUCGUUGAGCCGAGCAAUCCACCUGUACUAGCCAGGCACUAUGUCAAGCAAGAGGCUUUGGAAAGGCAGAAAGUGCGGUUUGACGUCUCUCACUAUGCUCAUCUAAGUAUUAGUGACGUGCUAUCUGGAUACCUCUGUCAUGUGCAUUACAGCCAUGACUGUGAAAUUGAGAUGGUCAAACAGCUGCAACUGAAAUAUGAGAUAUGCUCUCCGGCUUUCAUUAGUUUACAUAUGUUCUGCCAGCCCCCAAGUCUCCGGAUUAUGAUGAACCUGAAUGAUCUGUAGACUUGUGAUAUAGGUUGAUGCUCUAUCUUAGAUUUUCCCUAAGUCCAGUGGAUUAGCAUAAAUUUCACCUGUAGUUCCCAAGGGUCGGCUUAAUUCAUCAUGAAUGAGCCGGUACUUGACUUCAUAACUGUCUUGAAUUAGUCCAAACAAAUAUUGUUAUCCGGCUUAAGAUGAAAAAACUUUCUUA